UCUCAGCUCAAAGUUCAGUCAUAAGUUGUCCUGCAUGAUAUGUGUGUGAGGAGGGUGUGCUGUAGAUACCGGAGCUGCCAGUCCUGCUCGUCAACAGCUUCUGAGAGAGGCAUAAUGACCUUUAGUAGCAAYGCUCCUGGGAAUGCUGGUAAUAUCCCAGCAAAGUCCAACCACGAAUGGCUGAAGAUUCCUCCACAGGCAGGAGCCUGUACAGCMCUGACACUGACAAGGGCAGGACCUUUUCUCCCUGGCACCCCUGGGUAUAUUUUCCAGCUGCUUGGAAUGAGAAUUCCAAUUCCAUGGAGCAGGGAACACUGCCUUUUCCUCCUCCUCUCCACUGUCUCAUGCUGCUCCAAGCUGCUGGGAGCUGAAGAGUUAACCAAUGCUGAAGGGAAGAGAACAGCAAAGAUGUCCCCAAGGCUACRGCUUGUGCUGUAUCAUUGCUUGCCAGCCUCCAAGCUGGGGCCUGAAGAGGGAGAGAAGAUCCUCCUCCCCUCUAUCACAUGGCAGAGCAGGUGGCACCCAGGACUGAAAAUGCAGAGUGGGAGCAAGAGUGGGARAGGGAAACAGCACCACGUUUGUGCAGCACGUGCUGGAGCUGUUGUCCCCAGCUUGGAGUCAGCCAUGGAGAGCCAGGCUUCACCUGCAUUCCUGCAAUGGUUUCAUUCCCAGGAGACCUGGGGGCUCUCUGCCAAGGCCAGCCCCCUCCCUGGGGACUAUCAAGCCAUCAGCCAGAGUUUCUCCAGCCCUAACCCCUCCCCAGUAGCCUCCCCACUGAUGAAUCCCACCCAGCUCUUACAGUUCCCAUUGUCACCCUCCCCUCAAGAUUUGCCCACGUUUCUGCCCGGUCGUGUGGCCUUGGCUGCCUCCACAAUAUGCCACUUGUGGAGCCCCUUCGGGGUGCUCUGCUGGGAGGCUUCAUCCUUCAUCUCGGGAGUGAUCCCCCGGCCCCAGCCCGCCGGGGGCUGA